CGUCUGCAGCACACAACAAUCAUGGCGUUGCCGGAGCUGCAUCAGGAGCGUGAAUCACUGAAUGAUAAUAUCAGCCAAGACGAUGGAGGCAAAAAGUCUGGCCCAAUAUCUUUCGGUUUUAGUAAAACUUUGAGUAAGGUUAAACCCGGGAAAGCGGAAGAGCGAGAUUAUUUAGUUGAAGUCGAAGGGAAAGAACUUAAAGGAACCAAACCGGUGGAGAAACCGAAGGAGCUGAUCAUCCCGUUGAUCCACAAGAACCGCUGGUACCGGCAGGAUGCUGCUGAUCGAGGGGACACGAGCAGAGACCCGUCCCAGAGCAGAGACCCGUCCCAGCCAGGGCAACAGGACACGGUGGAGUCCCUAGCCGUUAAAGAACUCAUCGAAGAGUCUCAAAAGCACCAGGAGAGAUGGAAGAAUGGACCGCAGAUGGAUUCGAACCUUUCCAUUCCUCUUCUCAUGCAGAACCAGGCCCCUCAGGGUUUUGAGGAUGGAGACACAGUCAAAGUGGAUUUGCGACCAGAGUCGUCCACAGAUGCUGACUAUGAACGUGUUCCUGUGGAGGCUUAUGGGAUGGCCAUGCUGAAGGGAAUGGGCUGGAAGCAAGAAGAGGGGAUCGGACGCACAUUUAAACAAGAUGUGAAGCCCAUAGAGCAUCAGUUAAGGCCUAAAGGGCUGGGUUUGGGGGCCGAUCGCUCUGCUAUUAAAGACCUGGAGCCUGGUGUCCCCAAGAGACCUCCUAAACCUGGUGAGGAGAGAAAGGAAGAGGAGGCGCUGGUUCUGGGACCUGGAGGAUGUGUGCAGGUCCUGGCAGGAGCCCAUAAAGACCUGUACGGGAAAAUAGAGGGAGUGGAUCCAGAUAAUGCCAGAGUCGUAGUUAAACUGGCCAUUGGUGGCAAGACAGUAACCAUUAUCCAGCACUCUUUAAAACUAGUCACCCGUAAGGAAUACGACAAAUACAGCAAAGACCUUAGUCGUCUUAGUAAAGCACACAAGAACAAAGAGAGAGAAAAAGAGCGGGAACAGCAGAGGGAACGAGAGGAGAGGUUAAACAGCAAAGAUGACAGAGGAAAGACGGACAGAGAUCGAGAGAGGGUGAAGGACAGAGACCGAGAUCAGAAGAAAAGAAAAACCAGAGAAUCAAGUACAGACCGAGAGAAGCCUCCUCCAGCAAAGGAGUCACGGCCCUCCCCUCCCGUCCCCUCCUGGCUCCAAAGAGACCUCCGUGUGCGAUUCAUAGAUAAAACAUUCAAAGGAGGCAAAUACUAUAACUCAAAGAUGAGAGUCGAGGAUGUCUUGACGCCCCACACCUGUGUGUGUCGUACAGAGGAGGGCAGACUGCUGGAUGAUAUAACACAGAAGAUGCUAGAGACCAUUGUGCCCAAGAACGACUCUGACUACAUUAUGGUGGUUCUGGGGGAACACCGAGGACAGGUGGGCCGCAUCCUGAAGCGAGACCGAGAGAAGUGUCGAGCCAUGGUUCAGCUGGACCGCUACGAGGAGCAGGUGUUCACACUCGACUAUGACGCCAUCUGUCAUUAUGUGGGCGGAACAGAACACUGAGAGGCCAAGUGGAUGAUACGACACACCCUUCAUCUUCCCAACCUAUUUCUGAUGGCAACAUGAGCUGUGAUUGGCUGUUUUUUCCCUACAUUGCUAUUGACGUCAUUGUACAUUUUUUAAUAUGACCAAGACUUAAUUUAUUUUGCUAGUCGUGGUGUUGUAUUUUUAAAUAUACUUGGACGCAACUAUUUUUGCGUCGUGACAGUGGCAUAUCUGUAUAAUUGGAUGAUCUUAAUGCAACAUAAUAUCCUGCUAGUAAGAGUCUGUUAUGUUGCCAAAUAAAAAAAGUGCAAUAUUUCUCUCUGUUUAGUGAUAAUGAACAUUUACACCGGUCAUCUGUUCAGAAGCAUCAGUGUUUCAGUGUCUGCUGCUGAUCAGGGAAAUUAUAUUUCAACUCAAUGUAAUUAGGGAUAGAGCAUCUCACUGCCAGUUAAUUAGAAUGCAAACACUUAUGAAACUCUGCUUUGGUUUCUUUGCCCAAUAAAGAUCUCAAUUUGUUUAUGUGCAAAGAUAUACACAAGCCACCUAGAAUUUCCACUCAGGGUACCCUUUUAUAAUAAAAUGUUAAAAUAUCUUCAA